AUGACAUCUCUUGACGAGUUCAAUAAGCAUCUUGAUCACUUCCAAUCGAAGGGCUACAAUGAAGUCGACACCGCGCGCAUGUAUGUUGGUGGCGCACAGGAAGCAUGGACACGUGAUGCAAAAUGGAAAGACCGUGGUCUCACUCUGGCAACAAAAGUUUAUCCCGUCGAGCCGGGAACGCAUAAGCCGGAAAAGCUGAAGGAAUUAUUUUCGACAUCGCUGAAAGAGCUCGACACGGAUGCUGUCGACAUAUUCUACCUGCAUGCACCCGAUCAUUCGACGCCCUUCGAGGAAACGCUGGGCCUAGGCCUUUCGAACUUUGCUGCGUGGGAAGUCGCGGAAGUCUGGAACAUCUGCAAUGAAAGAGGCUGGGUGAAGCCCACAGUCUAUCAAGCCAUGUACAACGCGAUCACCCGCGCCAUUGAGCCAGAACUGAUCCCAUGCUGCCGGAAGUACAAGAUUGACAUUGUCAUCUAUAAUCCGCUUGCCGGUGGGCUCUUCAGCGGUAAGAUAAAAUCCGCUGAUAUAGCGCCCUCUGAAGGUCGAUUCGCCCAAAACUCAAAGAUUGGCGAGAUGUACCGCACCCGUUACUUCAAGAACUCUAAUUUUGAAGCGCUUCGCAUGAUGGAGGAGGUAGCGCAGAAGCACAAGUUGACAUUGCUUGAGAUUGCGUUGAGGUGGUGCGUACACCAUUCUGAGCUAAAGACGAGGGCGAAGGGAGGGAACGAUGGUGUGAUCAUUGGUGUGAGUAGUUUUGCUCAGCUGGAAAGCAACUUGGCGGAUUUGGAGAAGGGACCAUUGCCCGAGGAAGUCGUAAAGGCGCUGGAUGAGGCAUGGAUGAUGGCGAAAGCGACAGCACCGGUUUACUUCCGUUGAAAAGGGAACACGCAGAUACUGAGUAUGUAUAUUGAUAGUGCCCACAACUUGUUUCUUGAGUUUCCCUCAGCACC